CCAGGAGGCUGAAACUUUGUGUCCAAAGAUUAGCUCUGGCUCGCUUGUAAAUCGGGAUUGAUUUCGAUUGCAGCCGGAAUGGCAAGUGGGCAGCGGUACCCGGGCAAGGUCGUCAUAGUAACGGGGGGUACCGGCGGCAUUGGCGAAGGCAUCGUGAGAGAAUUUGUUCAUCAUGGAGCCAGAGUGGUCUUCUGCGCACCAGCAUCAGAAGAAGAAAAAGGAAAAGUUAUUGAGAGGGAACUUGCAGAAGGUGGUGGAUCUGGAGAAGGUCGUUUUGUGGUCUGUGAUGUCCUCUGUGAAGCAGACAUGAAGAGAUUAGUGUCGGUGACCAUAGGACACUAUGGACAACUAGAUUGCCUGGUGAACAAUGCUGGCGGGCAUCCUCCCGAUCAAAGAAUCGAUGAUGUAUCUGCCCAAGAAUUCCGCAGUCUCAUGGACCUCAACGUUGUCAGUGGUUUCUUAAUGGCCAAGUUUGCACUGCCCUACCUCCGGAAAACCAGUGGAAACAUCAUUAACAUUGCGAGCCUCGUUGGUCACUUUGGACAAAAGUUAGCUGUACCAUAUGUGGCAACCAAGGGUGCUGUGGUUGCGAUGACUAAAGCUAUGGCUAUAGAUGAGAGCCAAUAUGGUGUCAGAGUCAACAG